AUGUCGGCGCAAGAAGAGAUGCAGCAAUCCGGCGAGGUCCAGCAAUCUGGCGAAGCCGCGGAAGAGGUAGUGGCUUCAUUCCACCACAUCACAGAGCUGGAAGCUCACGGAAUCAAUCGGAACGAUGUUCAGCGAUUAUCAGAGGCCGGCUACUGCACCGUAGAGUCGAUUUCUCACUGCACCAUUCGCAAGCUGGUGGAGGUGAAAGGGAUCAGCGAGCAGAAAGCAGCCAAGCUCAAGGAAACCGUGUAUAAGCUAGUCCCAAUCGGCUUCACAACAGCUUCCCAGCAUUUGCUCCAGCGCCAAGACCUAAUCACCCUGACCACCGGAAGCAAAGAGCUAGACAAGCUGCUCGAGGGGGGCAUUGAGACAGGGUCGCUGACGGAGGUGUUUGGGGAGUUUCGUACAGGCAAGACCCAGCUGUGCCACACCCUCUGCGUGGCCUGCCAGAUGCCUCUUGAUGCCGGUGGAGGGGAGGGGAAAGCCAUGUACAUCGAUACCGAAGGCACGUUCCGACCCCAGCGACUAACAGCGAUCGCAGAGCGGUUCGGCCUUAACGGAGACGACGUGCUGGAGAACGUUGCCUACGCUAGGGCGCACAACUCUGAGCAGCAAAUGGAUCUGUUGAAGAUGGCAUCAGCGAUGAUGGCUGAGGACAGGUACGCUCUGCUGGUGAUCGACAGCGCGACCGCCCUCUACCGCACGGACUAUUGUGGCCGAGGAGAGCUUUCAGAGAGACAGAUGCAGCUGGCACAGUUCCUGCGGCAGCUCACACGGAUGGCGGAAGAGUUUGGCGUCGCUGUGGUCCUGACCAACCAAGUAGUAGCAAACCCAGACGGGAUGAGCUUCGCCAAAGACAGUACCAAGCCUAUCGGAGGAAACAUCAUCGCGCAUGCUUCCACCACACGAUUGCGACUGCGAAAAGCGCGAGGCGACAACCGAAUUUGCCAGGUGUUCGACUCUCCAACGCUGGCGGAGAGCGAAUGCCAGUUCUCCAUCGGCCCUGUCGGGGUGGAGGAUCCGAAGGACUGAUUGACUACGGUCGUUCCAUGUGUUCGUACAUUUUUGUUUUGAAUCUCCCCUUCCCAAGGUGUUGUUGGCCAACCUCACUGUACGUAACGGUUUCACCUUGCAUACACGCUUUGCGUUUGGAUUUGUCUCUUUCAGCCUCUGUCCUAUUCCGCUUGAGUCUAGAACUUCUGUGCGUGCGCACCAAUGGCUCGUGCAGGCCUCGUGUAUUCUAGCAACUUUCUUCUACCCGAGGCCUGGGCACAAGGACAGUUCGCCGGUAUAAUAGUCGCAUCGCACACGCCCUUGAGAGAACCGAAGUUGGAUGCAAGAGUGAACACGUCGAACUCGUUGACGGACCUGACCACUCCAAAGCAAUCCUGCAGUUUCCCAAGGAAGUCGUCGUUAAGCUGAUUGCACCGAGUGUUGUAAUAACGUACAGUAUCAGGCCGGAGAAAAGCGGCAUCUACUCGUAGGAGUGGUCAGAUUUGGAGUUUCUUCUACUUUCUACGGGUACGAAGUAUCGAUUGGUGCUUGUUCAUUGGUCCAUGUCACGGUGGCAGGUACACAAAGCAUG